CUUUAUCGUUCUCAUCUCCUUUGCGUGACGUGUCUACAGCUGAAAUAGAAUUAUUUGGAUUUUUGUGUUUUUUCCUUCAAUCAAUAACAAUUUAAUUCCCAAAAUGGUUGAAAUCACCGGUGUAAUUGCCAAAUUCUACAACGAUUAUGUGCAGAACACGCCGAAGAAACUGAAGUUGGUGGACAUCUAUCUGGGCUAUAUUCUAUUGACCGGCAUCAUUCAGUUUGUUUACUGCUGCUUGGUGGGCACUUUUCCAUUCAAUUCGUUCCUGUCAGGAUUCAUCAGUACAGUCAGCUGCUUCGUCCUUGCCGUUUGUCUGCGUCUGCAAGCCAAUCCCCAAAAUAAGGCCGUAUUUGCAGGAAUUUCACCGGAGCGUGGAUUCGCUGAUUUUAUCUUUGCCCAUGUGAUACUGCAUUUAGUUGUAAUGAAUUUCAUUGGCUAAAUUCGACAUAAUGUAUUUAAAUUAACUGAAUAAUAUAUAUUACUUCUUUGGAUGAAACGCAUCCUUAUACAACUGAAAA